UCUUAUGGCCAAACGGGGGCUAUAUUGAAACUCUUGGCUCUCCUCUUACAUGCUUCGAUGCUCGCCAGUAUGGUACACUUCUUCUGGUGGAUCUUGAGGAUGAGUACUUUCCUGAAGAGAUUAAAAAAUUGAGAGAUGAUGUCAUUAAUUCAGGUCUAAGUGUAGUUGUAUUUGCUGACUGGUACUAUGUAGACACAAUGGUAAAGAUGAGGUUCUUUGAUGAUAAUACGCGUAUCUGGUGGACCCUAGUUACGGGAGGUUCCAACGUUCCUGCCUUAAAUGAUCUUUUAGCUUCCUUUGGGAUUGCAUUUGGGAAUAAAAUUCUGAAUGGUGAUUUUGUCCUCAAUGGUGAACAGAGUCGGUAUGCAUCUGGGACUGACAUUCUGAAAUUUCCAAGAGGUGGAUACUUGCACAGCUUCCCCUUCAUGGAUAGCUCAGAGAGUGGGGCCACUCAAAAUAUCCUUUUAUCUGGCAUGGCCAAGACAGAUACACCUAUUCUUGGUAUUUUGGAGGUUGGCGGGGGUCGAAUAGCAGUAUACGGGGACUCUAACUGCUUGGACAGCAGCCAUAUGGUUACCAAUUGUUAUGGACUUUUGAAGAAAAUGCUAGAUUUUACAAGAAGGAAUAUAAAAGAUCCUAUGCUUUUCUCAGAUUCAGGUCGACAGGAGAAACCGUUAUAUGUUGAUAAGAACCAGCUACCAACCCGUAGAACGGAUGUGAAUUUCUCUGCUUAUUCUAGAGUUGUUGGAAAGGAGUUGUUAUGCGGGCGUGACUCCAGGUUUGAAGUAUGGGGAACUAAGGGUUACAAUUUACAGGUCAGAGGAAGGAACCAUAAGCUACCUGGCUAUCAUGUCAUUGACUUGGGUAGAGGUUUAAAUCCUACAGUGGACACACCUGUUUCAGUAACAUCUAACACGACUCAGAAGGAUGUCGACUCUCCUGGAAAUGCGUACUGGGGCUUCUUUUAGAUGAUAUUGACAUGCCUGUGCUUGUAGCUACUCAUUGGUUAGUGCCUGCAAUUUUUGCCAUCGCAGGUCUAUUGAUCUUAUUCUGCCGCAUGCAAAAGGGUCGAAGGAGGAGGAGAGGUUCUGGUUCGGGUCGGUUUACUAAUUUAUAGCCUUAGACUUGACUUUGCUUGCAUUCUUUAGUUUUACUGUACUACUGUAGGUUGUUUUAUUGUAACAUCAUACAAAAAAUGACUAGAUCAUCGAAAGGUGAGUUUUGUAUUAUUAGUGUAGUUAUCUAUUACAUUUUUUCCCUGAUUAGAUUGAUUUCUAGACAGUAAAAUCAAAGAAAUUUUAGCCUCUCUAAGAGAAAAAGAAGAAAUAACUCUUACUUCUCUUGGUGGGAGUUAUGGCUUUGCUGGUUUGCCUGAUAAUUUUUCAUCGGUCUCCAAUUGCUCCCACUCGUGGGGUUACACCGGAUAUGGUGUUAGUUUUACCUCUCCAAUAG